AUGAAGCCAUCUCUUCUCUCUAUAAAGACAUCUGUGAACCUCUCCAUAAAGCCAUCUCUUCUCUCUAUAAAGACAUCUAUGAAGCCAUCUCUUCUCUCUAUAAAAGACAUCUAUGAAGCCAUCUCUUCUCUCUAUAAAGACAUCUAUGAAGCCAUCUCUUCUCUCUAUAAAAGACAUCUAAAGCCAUCUCUUCUCUCUAUAAAGACAUCUAUGAAGCCAUCUCUUUCUCUCUAUAAAGACAUCUAUGAAAAGCCAUCUCUUCUCUCUAUAAAGACAACUAUGAAGCCAUCUCUUCUCUCUAUAAAGUCAUCUAUGAAAGCCAUCUCUUCUCUCUAUAAAAGACAUCUAUGGAAAACCAUCUCUUCUCUCUAUAAAGACAUCUAUGAAGCCAUCUCUUCUCUCUAUAAAGACAACUAUGAAGCCAUCUCUUCUCUCUAUAAAGACAUCUAUGAAGCCAUCUCUUCUCUAUAA